AUGUCACUGGAGAAAAGAAACGUCUACCUCGAUCAUGAUUCCUCGGACGAGUCAGAUCACGAUGCUGGCUACGAUUCCGAAGCGGCAGAGGUUUCCAAGGCAGGCAGAGCGAGUAAGAGGCGGAAAAUAGAGCUUGAAUACACAGACGAUGAAGGCGAUGAAAUUGAAGCAGAUACAGUGUUGGCAAAGGACCCGGCUGCGGCAGUUUUAGCCAAUGCUGCUGAGAACGACGAAGCCGUAGACGCCGAUGCACGCUCAGAAAAUGACGACGACCCAGUCGCAGGCCUCCCUCAACCUUCCGAAGCAACUGAUUCCCAAACGAAGAGGCAAAAGAAGGAAAAAGACAAAACUCAAUCAAAACCCAAAGGAGAAACCCCCGGUGUGGUCUACCUAUCCUCACUCCCGCCAUACCUCAAACCCUCUGCGCUCCGCAACCUCUUGGAACAACGCGGCUUCGGCCCCAUUAAACGCCUCUUCCUCUCGCCCGCCUCAAAACACAAAUCAAGUUCAAAGAAGAACUCGCGCCAACUUUACACAGAAGGCUGGAUUGAAUUUGCGUCGAAGAGCACGGCGCGACGAUGUGCUGAGACGCUGAAUGCGCAACUUGUCGGUGGGCGGAAGGGUGGAUUCUAUCACGACGAUGUCUGGAACAUGAAGUACCUGAGGGGAAUGCGGUGGGAGGAACUGAUGGCGGGAGUGAGGGAGGAGAAGAGAGAGGAGGAAGGGCGGAGAGACGAAGAGCGCAGAAUUAUUGCUCGGGAGACGAAGAGGUUUAUUGAAGGUGUGGAGGAGGGGAGGAGACGCGAGGGGAUUAAGAGGACUCGAGAGCGGAGAGGAAACACACGAGGAGAUGUGGAUGGCGAGGCGAAGAGGACGUGGAGACAAGCUGAAGUCAAGGGCCAAAAUCCGGGAAGAAAGGGAGAUGAAAGGGAAAAGAUCGGUGAUGAAGUCAAGCAGGUUUUGGGGAAGAUUUUCUAA